AACAGAGGUGCAUGAUGAUCAUUCCUGUUUUGCUACAGCUGUACUGCAGUGUAACACCAAAACAAAGAAACUUAUAGAUUCUGACUCUACUGCUUGCUUUUGCUGAUUUUAUAAGUGACAUAUUCCCCCAGCUGUGUGGCGCCAGAGUCAUUUGAAGUGCCAGAUUAAAGUUCAGUCAUGUCACGGCAGCAGCGACCCAAAUCCACCUCCUCCCAACAGCAGUUGGAGGCAGGCUGGAAAAAUGAAUAAAUUCUGGUGAACAAUCAAUAGUUUGACUGUGCUUAUGUAAAAAAGUUGUCGCACACAGAUGGAGGCUUGGGGUCCAGUGAUUGAUAACACAGCAGAGAGUUGCUGCAGGCAUCGUAUAUGGCCACUGUGUUUUCUGGUUGCACAUUAUAACUCCAUAGUUCAGCUCGAUAGAAAUACAAAAGCCUGCCUCUGGGGGUCUUCUGAGCGCCGCACAGGAGGGCUGACCUCUCUGAGGUGGAGAUGGGAAUGCAAACAUCAUCAUGACACCGUUUGUGAAUCAGAAGUGUGGGCAGAGACAAAUCACGCAUGCACGUAUCACAUAAGGAACUUCUUCUGAAACGUUGUGGGAGUUGUGGUGAAACUUUGUGGUGGGAAUAGCUGUGUUUCCUUCUUGUGUGUGUGAGAGAGAGAGAUAGACAUGUCAACACUUGACUGGGGUAACUUUGUGACUAGUGUACAUUUUACAUUGAAUUUUCCUUUCGGGAGACUUUUCCUGCCUCACUCUGUGUGCCCUGAAAUUUAAAAUGAAAGUCAGGUAUUUGCAUACAUUGAAUAAAAUCAAAUCUUUUUACUGCCUUUCUCAGGUUGGCAGAAUUUCUGUAUUUAUAGACGCCAGAAUAAUGUGAUUUUGUUUUAUCACUUUUCACAUUUAUGAAUUUACAUAUGCUAAGACUAUGAUGCUUUUUUAAAAUAACGAAAAAGCUGGGGAGUUUUUUUUAUCUUCUGAGAGGUUAAUUCGCAACAUUUAACUUAAAUUAAGUCACACCUGUUUCCUUAUAUGUCGUCAUGGAAAAAUGUAAAGGAAAUUCAACAUAGCGAUAGAAACAGGUGCAUUUCUGCUUCUCUGCUUGGUGCUUAAGUAAAACAAUAAAAGAGCCUCGGUCAUUUAUUUAAGCAAUUAUGUUUGCUUUUAAGCAUAACAUUCGGUUCGCUUUAAACAAACCAGAGUUAAUUACUCCCAUUAAUCUGGACCUUUUGUGCAUUUGAGAUCACACUCAAGCAAAAUCUGGUGCGGACCAAACAACCGGACCAUAGGUUUGGUCUCGGUCCGGUCUGUGUAUCACUCAGGAAAAGAGACCUGUUCUCUGUUUUAAAAACGUUUUGGUGUAAAAUGUGCAUCUCAACGCCAGAAGAAAAGCAAAAGAUCUUGUGAAGGUAUUGGCUGAAGCUAGUGAUACAGUGUCAGUAUCCACAGUGAAACGAGUUCUUUAAGCUGAAUGGCCACUCAGAGAGGAAGAGACCGUUAGUCCAAAGGCGUCAGAAAAAGAGUGAAGUUCACAAAUUCACAUAGGGUAAAAGAUGUUUAUCUUUGGGACCCGUCCUUUUGUGUGAUAGCUUAAAUGAAACUGUUUGAGUAUAAUGAUCAGCAAUACAUUUGGAGUGAAAAGAGAGACGUGUGUAAUCCUGAGUACUUUCAUCUCAACUGUAAAGUAAGGUGGCAGCAAUAUUUUGCAUAGGUGCUUUUAUAAAAAAAAAAAAAAAAAAAAAAAAAAAAACAGUAUGUAUUACCCAAGUUGUAUCAUUUUGGCACUUUUAGCAAAUUUGAGCUAAACAUCUAAAACAGGAGUCAAUGUCAGACAUUAAGGGAAAAAUGUUUUGUGUCUUUUUAUCCAGAAUAUGCAAAUAUCUGGAUUAAAUUGUACAUAUUUGGUUUAAUUCUUGGUUGUAAUUUAUUAAACCAUGUCAAAGAAACACUAAAAGGUCUAAGGCUCAGUAGAAGAAUGUAGUAAAUAAAAAAGUGAAGGAAGAAGAAAGAUGUAGGUAACUUAUUCUUGUACUUGCACAAGAAUAAGCAAUCUUACCUGUGUUCUUUUACAGAUAAGAUGAACCUUUUUAUUAAAAGCUGUGAAACUGAGAAGGAAAAAACUGAUCGCAGUAGUUGUAGUAGUAGUAGUAUGGUUCUCUGCGAUCAUUGUGGAUUAUUUAAUAUCUGUUUAUUAAACAAAAGGUUCAUUAAGUGUCUGUCAAGCAGAUAUCUCUUAGCAAAGGAAGUCAUUAAACCACUGAAGCUAAAUAGGCUCCAACCGCAAUUAAUAUCCUUUUAUAAUAAUCCUAGCAUAAAAAAACCCCAUUCCUUUUAAAGUCUAAACACACAUCCUUUACAGAAGCACCAGAAGCUGGAUUGGUUGUGUUUGUUAUUACUACAGUGGCUUGUAUGCAGGGAGGAUGAAGGGCAGAUGGGACAAGAUACGUUACGUUUACGUUUCAGACCACAAACUGCUGAACUGCAGCACUGGCAUUUGUGACUCAUCUGACUAAACAACCCGUGAAAACAUUUGAAUGCAAACAAGAUAAGAUGCAAAUACAAACUGUCUAAAUUUCAGCUUUUUGUGUCUUAUCUAAGACGGUUGCUGCAGAUCGUGAGAUGGGAAUGCCGUUUUGAAGGUGAGGAGCCUAAUUGAUCCAAGAGCUUUUACACCAGGAGAAAGUGGAGUGAGGUUGAAGUGCGGCGCCACGGCUUGCAGGCGAUGUAAUGAUGUGGUGUUGCUUCGUAUUUUAGAAAGCUGGCAGUCUGCUAAUUGGGGCUUAUCGGGUGUUUCUGGAAAGCACCAGAGGGCUUUUAUGCAGUCUUCAGUCCCAUGUUGAUGGAGGGAGGCCUGUCUCCUGAUAGGAUUAUCAGGCAGCAAGAGUCAGCUUUCAAGCGCAAACCUUUUGCUUCAUCUUUAGCAUGUUUUUUUUUUUUUUUUAAUUUACCUUAUGUGCGAAAUCCAGCCAAGCGCAGCUAUGAUAUGUGGUGUUGAAAUGUGGGGAGAGCUGCGACAACACAAACCAUUCGAUGGCCUGAGUUCAUGAGAAUGUGCACACGCGCAUCUCUUGAAUCUUUUCUCACAUGUGAAAUGUAGUCUUGACUUUAUGUUUUUGUGUUUUUGAAAAGGAUAUCCUGUCCUUUGACUUCCUUUUACUUUUGUCACUUGAUUUAAAUCUUUGCUCUCAGGAUGUUUCUUUUUCUUAUCUCCUACAAAACUUCUGUGGGCCUUGCUGUUAAAUUCAGGCAGGAUUUUGAAUUUUGUAGCCCAACGAUAUCUUCAGCUGUAUUACAAUGCAGGACACACCAGUGAUGCUCUGCUUUUUACAUAAAUAAUGUUGGACUUAAAAUCCCUGUACUACUAUAAACUUGUACGUCCUACCUCUUCAUACUUUGCAUCUCUAAAGUGUAACACUAGUGUUGCAAUAUACAGUUUAAUUAUAUAGACUGCUAAGUAAAACUUUUAUUUAUUUUGUCACUUACAUAUUUAGGAUCACCUAAUUGAAUUCUGAUAGCAUUCAAUGACUCCAUGAGUAAAUAUUUAUUUGCAUAUUUAUAAUAUGAGUAGAUGAAAAAGGCAAUGCAAACAAACAACUCUGACCCGGUGUGAAUAAGAAACCCCCUUUGGCACCUCAUGUUUAAUCAUGAAUAAACUGUCAUGAAGCACAAAAGUCCAGCUUCACUAGUCACACCCAGGGCUAAUUGCUGCUUGACCUUUUGACUUAAAGGAUCACUUAAAUAAAACUUGUCUGGUGACACAAAGUAGGGUAAAAUAUCUUUAAAAAGUAUCAUCUGCAAAUGUGGAGAAAAUGUGGAGCCUUCCUAGAAGUCGCCAGCCUGUCAACAUCCAAAAGCCAACUCAUGCAGAAGUUCUCAAAGCCCCGGUUAAGCUAGAUAUUUAUGAUUCAACAAUAAAGAAGAGACUUGGCAAAAAUUUUAUCUGUGAGAUUUACAAAGCAAACAAAACUAACACAUCUCACACUUUUUAACAUACAUCUUGGUCAUCUCCAGGUCUUUCUGGAAGAUGUUCUGUUGAUUGCAACAAAAGAAAAGAGUGGAAGGUGUGCAUCCCAUUAUAUCAAGCAGAAACUGAUAAACGAACAUCAGACCAAGAGUUAAACAUGAUGAUGGUAAUCUGGGGAUUACUUUGCUGAUUUAACUGGAUCAAUGAAUACUGCUCACUUUCAGAAAAAUCCUGAAGGAGAAUGUCUGUCUAUGUUCUUUGGCCCAAAACACACUUAGGUUUUGCUGCAGAUCAGUCAACCAAGGCACACAAUUAAGUCCACCUCCGAAUAGCUAAGAAACACACAAAAUGACAAAUGUGUUUAAUCCCAGUGAGGUUCAGUGGCAUGAUAUUACACCUUUUGUUUGUGCUUGAGGACCGUUAAGUUUGCUUAAGACAGUGCUGCAAGAAGAGGGGGCCAAAGUUCUUCAUUUCUAAGACUUAUUGGCAAUAAUUGCAAUUGUCAGAUGGCAGUUGCUGCUGCCAAGGCUGGCACACCCAGUUGUUAGGAUAAGAGGACAGUGAUUUCUGUCACAUAUGUUGGUUCGGAUAGCUUUUUUUUUCUAUGAUUAAAUUAAAUCACACUUUGAAAACUGCUUGUAUUACUUUCUCAGCUAAUAUCUGUAUGCUACUGAAAUGUAUCUGAAAAUCUGAAAGUGUGGGACAAAAAAGUAAAAGCGUCUUUGUGACUGAAAAAAACAACUCUUGUCUUACUUGGACUGCUUCGCUGAACCACUAAAGCUAAUUUUCUUUAAGUUCUUUCUGUUCUCUGCUUGUCAGGAACAGCAUGAAAGGAGUUUUGACAAGUUUUGUCUGGAAGUGUGACGCUGGUGUCUGAGUCGAACGUGGGGUACAAUUUUAACAAAGGCUUAUGGGAAGGAGUGGGGCGUGGAUGGGGGUUGGUUUACAUUGCAGGGAGUCUGUAGUGUGGUUGACCAAUCACCAAGGGAAAUCCUUCAUAUGGCACAUGGCAGGUAGAAGGGCUGGGUCAAAUACAAAACAGUGCUGUACGCAAACCAGCCUGUCAGGUUUCUCUACCUGCAGCCAAAUCCCUUACUGAAAGACAGCAAAGACUCCACAGUGACAAGAGGACCUUGAGUUGUCCACACACAGCAGAUGGAGAGACACAGCUUGUCCUGCAAAAACCAGACCAAGAGGAAACAAAGAACACCCUGUGGCUUUCUUAGCAGACAGAGAUCUGUGGAGAUGCAGCAUGAAUAAAAUCAUUAUCCUCCAAUAAUGCAACCUAAUGUAAUUACCCUGCUGCAGUAGGCACAUGUGCCUAAGCUCAAGUCUUGCAUUUAUGUCUAUAAAUGGAGCUAAAAAGGAUGAGGAGAAGACAGGCCUCCUGAGAUGGCAGUUCGAUAACAGAGUGCUCAACCUCUAAUAUAUUCCUGUUAUGAUACAGUGUCGGCAGCCAAAUGUAUGUGUGCUGCUCCGUUAUGAAGACAGAAGGCUGCUGCUGUACACGCUGAAGGCGCCUAUUGUUCGUUGUUCUUUCUUGAGGAAGUACUGUUCUAGUUCUAGCUGGCAGCCAGAAGCAGCUGUUUGCUUAGCCUACCUGUAAGCAGGGGAAUAUUUCACCUAAGUAAUAUCAGGGUGUCACUAUUAACUUUGUGUGGGGAAGAAUAUUUUUCUACUUUUGUACAGGUUUGCACUGAGUUGGUUUUUCUCUGCGCAUGUGUACGUCACAGCGGCGUCUCAGAUUCUUGCCUUUGUGUCCAGAUGCCGUUCCACAUGCCUGAUCCCCGUCUGCCUUUGUCCCGUUCUGUCUUUAUCUCCCACCCUCCCAGGUUCUGACUCUAAGCCCAGCAGAAGAGUGAGGCGGUCCAGGCGUAGUUUCCAUCCAUUUAUUUAGAAAAAAAAAAUAGCUGCAGCCGUCCAGGAGAACAAAAGCAGGCAGUGGAAGGAAUCAUCAGUCUUAAAUUACCCUGAGAGCUGGUCUGUAGAGGGAUCGUGUUACUUUUGACAGGUUUAAGAGACCAGCUUCACCUCUAAUUAGAUUUCCAGAGCCUCCAAUUCCUCUUUGUGCUCAGUCGUGAAGCGUCCAUCUGUUUAAUUUUUUUAUUUUCUUACAUUUUGAGGAAGCUGCUCCUAUAAAAGACUAAUGGGAAACCAUGACAGUGGUUGGAGAGGUCUUUUUGUCUUCAGAAGCAUAAUUCAACUCAGAUUAAGUUAAAUUGAUUUACACAGGUGCUUCAUUUGCACCUGGCACUAUUAUGCCAUGUUAAAACAAUUUAACAUGGCAUAAUAGUGCCCCGAGCUAUUUUUUUUUCUUUUUUUCUUUUGCACCAGUAAUAUGCAAAAGUGAAAGUAAUACUGCAAAACACAUUCAAGUCUUAACAAGCUUUUUCUGUGGAAGUCGGAGAAGCCCCCGCUUCUUCCUGACAGGUAUCUGUUUGAUUUGUUGCUGGCUUUUCUCAGCUGGCUGGAGGUGGAUGGGGAGGUGGGUGGUUGGGCAGGUCAGGACGAGGAGUGCGAGCUGAUCCACAUGCUAUGCUGAAGUUUCAAGAGGUAGCUCACUGGAGUGGAAUGGCUCACUCCGCACAACAAUGCGGUGUGUUGACAGUCGAGUGCUCGGACAGGGUCAGAGGAAUGUCCCCUUCAGACUGCGAGAGCGGCCCUUUGUCUCAGCGUUCACAGAGGAUUCUUUCACCUGGAGAAUGACGUCUGCUUGUGCAGGUUCACCGUUAAAAGUCAAAGUGACCCACAUACGGCUCCUGAGACGUGACUGUAGGACAAGCAGCCCCACUCUCCUCCCUCGCACAGCUGUUUUACUGUCCUUUUCAAAAAGGCAGUAAUUGAUUCCCUUGAGACUCUGCUCAACUCCACAGUUUGAAUGAAUCUUUGCUGCAAAGCCACUGGGUUCUGCCACAGUGUCACCAUGUUGAGCAAGUACCAGCAGUACUAUGAAAAGGAUCUAAUAAUAUACUACUAUGCCUGUGCUAAGAACUGGACCGUGAAUAAAACAAAGGAAGAAUAUGAUAAAAAAAAACAGCUCCCGGACUUCAAAGUUGUCCUCGUGGUCCUCUGCAUCAUCAUCAUCCUCGAGAAUCUUUUGGUCUUACUUUCUGUCUUCCGCAACAAGAAGUUCCACUCAGCCAUGUUCUUCUUCAUUGGCAACCUGGCGUUCUCUGACUUGCUGGCUGGCUCUGCCUACAUAGCCAAUAUAUUCCUAUCAGGGUCAAUGACCUUACAACUCUACCCUGUGCAGUGGUUCAUCAGAGAAGGCACAGCCUUCAUCGCCCUGGCUGCUUCUGUCUUCAGCUUGUUGGCGAUAGCUAUAGAGCGCUUUAUUGCGAUCACCAAAGUCAAAGUGUACGGCUCAUCCAAAACGUGUCGCAUGUUUCUGUUGAUAGGAACCUGUUGGGUCACCUCGAUUCUGCUCGGAGGGCUUCCCAUCUUGGGAUGGAACUGCAUCAACAACCUCUCUGAAUGCUCAGUUGUGCUGCCGCUCUAUUCUAAGAGAUACAUACUAUUUGUUGUCUCCAUUCUUACCCUCAUACUGCUCUCCAUUGUCAUCCUUUAUGUGAAGAUCUAUUUGAUCGUUCGGUCCAGCCACCAGGAAGCAACUAAUUCCCAAGCAUAUUCGCUUUUGAAAACAGUCACAAUUGUGCUGGGUGUCUUCAUCAUGUGCUGGCUGCCAGUUUUUACCGUGCUGCUCCUGGAUUCGUUCUGCAACAUCCAGGACUGCCCUGUGCUCAAAGAUGCAGAAAUGGUUUUUGGAUUCGCCAUUCUGAACUCUGCGCUUAAUCCAUUGAUCUACGUGCUGCGCAGCAAAGACAUGAGGAGGGAGUUCCUGCGUGUGCUGUGCUGCUGGGGUGUGCUGCAGAGCGGCCGGCCGUCCGAACGCUGCCUGGUCCAGCUGAAGAGCUCCAGCUCUCUGGAACAUUGCACCAACAAAUUCGAACACCAGACCACACCCAUCAUGCAAACGUGUACUACCUGUGUCUGACUUAAGGGCUUUGUGUGUGCACGAAACAGAGAGAUGUGAUGAUGAGGUGGGCAGAUGUUAGCAGAGAAGCCAGCAUGUGCUGGGACUAGACUUCUGGACCGUUUGGGAUCCAGCUGUCUGUUGGGACACAUUACAUGACGCAGAGUGCUUUUCACAUAAAACUGUGUGACUUGUUCAAUGUUCAGCUGUGAAACAGGUGUUAAAACAUUAUUAGAGGCUACCAAUUCAAUAUAUGAAAAAAAAAGUUGAGAAAUGUGAAAAAAGCUUUGUAGCUAGGUACAUUUAUCAGUGGAUAUGGAGCAAACCAUUUUCAUUUUUAUUUUUUUUUUGUCUUUAAACUUGCAAAUGUGUGUCAAAAACCAAAAUUAGCAACAGAACAUGCAGAAAAUCCUAGCUAGAUUGAGCUGUGUUAAUGCAAAGCUUGCAAAAGUUGCACUUUUGUCUGUUAGUAUGCAGAUGGACCUGUGUAACCUUCGACUGCCUCACUCAUCUUGAUAGAGACAGGUAGAAAUCUACCACAGUUUUCUAUAAAAGAGGAAGAAAUUUGCAACAAUGAGCACUCCACCUAACCCAGACCACACUGAGUGAUUUUUUUAGCAAAAACAACUAAAUAUUCCCUAUAUAACCUUGCUUAACCAAAUUGAAUAACCACAACAAAAGUACAUAAUCUGCUUUAUUUAGUGCAUGAUGAAAUUGUAAGGCAUUUGUAAGUUUUUGUUAUAUACUCCAGCUUCCACCACUAACACCUCUUCUCCCAUGUUCCCUCGUAAACUGUGUCUCUCUUGCUUUUUGCAGUUGUCUUCUAAAUCCUAAUUGUUUCCACUGAGGAAGGCCAAACCAGAAAGCACAUUAGGUUAUUUGGCGCUGAUGAAUUUCACUUGUUAAUGGCUCUCAGACUGAUUUUUGCCCUGACAGUGUUAUAGCCAUGUAGCAGCAGUGUGCCAUCUUCUGCUUGUGCUUUCCUCUGAGAGAAAAAAGGCUGAAUGUAUGAAUGAAGUGUCGGAGCGCGCGCUCCGUUCUAGACAGUAUUAUUGAUCAGGAUUUUGAAAUGCCAAGUCACUGAUUAGCAGAGAGUGGGAUGAACAGGGUAGGUCACCCUCACUGUGAACUCUUCUUGCACCAAGAACAAGAAAUUAAUUGUGAACAUCCCGGUUUAUUUUGCUGGCCAUAUGCUUUGUGCAACUAAAAGCGUAAACACCACUCGUCUUUCCAAAGACCCCAUCCGACUUCUCACCGCGUCUGUAUGAUGGGAGAAGAUCCGGUUUCAAACGCACAGGAGGGAUCUGUCCUCCUGGGAGAAAUGCUUCUUCAUUCUCUGACAUAAAACAUAAAACUUCCUCCAGAUCUAGGAAGUCCUGUUUUCAACUGUCCGUUUCCUGUUGUUCAGGGUUACACUAACCUUCCUGUAGACAGACAUUGAAAAUUUUUCCUCUCCGUUAGUUUUUUUUUUUAAGAGUAACAUUUGCAUUUAUACAGCCAAGUAGAAAUGAUGAAAAGCACUUUGGCAGCUUCAGUGAUGUUUAAAUUCCCCCUUUUUACCCCUUUUGGAUGGAACAGUGUUUUAAUCUGUAUGAUUUCAGUGUAUGUCAAUGUUUUUGUAUGAUAAAUAUUAUAAAUAACAAUGUGUAAUUAUGUUGUAUCUUUGUACAGUAUGUAAGAUUUUCUGUGUGGUAUGAAAUGUCUUGUGUGCAAUAGCUUUGUGUGUUCUGUAGCACGCUGCCUGUGUUAAAUUGGUACAAUCCUAAACACUAAUGGAGGUACAUAAACCUUUUGUUAAAAGCAUUCCAGUUUUAUAAAAUAAAUGACAUACUGAAACAAA